ACGCAAACACCUGUUUCACUGGGUGGUUGAUCGCCUUUCACUGCUACCUUUCCGUUCCCACUCAUCACAAAAAUUCAAUAGUUGUCUGCUGGGGAAGUGAAUAAAUAUCCCACGUAAAUAUUACAUCGACAAGUUGGUUUGUAUGGGCACAAAUUACGACUAAAACGCUUAUCAGUCACACCUGGAUUGACUAAUGUAUUAAAAGGCAAACAAGGAGGACAAUUUUCAAGUUCAUCCGCCUCAAGUGAUUGAGGGUGAAAGAUAAAUAGUGUGUGUGAGUGAUAUCUACCCCCAAAAAAGAGAUUAGCACUAUGUCGUCCGGAUACAAGCAGCUGUAUUCCUGUGUGACAUUUAUCGUGUUUAUGGUGGUGGUUAAUUUCUAUAAGAACAAGAUGCAUCAGGCCAGGGAACGGGAGACGUCCAUUCGGGGAAGAAUAAAGGGAAUGAAUCCUUCGAGGACUUCACUUAAGCUGAUGAAAAGUCAUCCGGUGGUGGUGGUGAAUAAUGACGAUGAUGAGGAUCGUGAUGAUUGGUUUGAUUCUGGACUGGAAUAUAGCGCGGAAACUAAACAAAUCAAUCAGGAAUCGUUUUUGGACCGAAUGAAGGAAUACCCACGUGUAUGUACGGAUAUGGAAGUAUUUUACUUUUCCAGAGAGUAUAGCGCAAAGAAAAGGCUAUCAAAAAAUCAUGAAUCAUUCAAGGGUCCUACACCAACGAACUCUCCGAUGUAUGUGUUUCUAUCAGUGUUGAUAAUACUGUUGGUGGCUGCAGGUGUCGAUAUUGCCAAGCACAUCAGAGCGAAGCCGAAGCAAGAUAACAUCCGCCGGCUGUCGCUGCAAAACUAUCAGGCUCUGAUACGUGAGAAGCAAAAACAAUUUCGCAUGAUGAAACACCACUGUUCGCAGCCAUCGAUGGUAAUAAACCGAUCGAUUGAUGAAGUCGGUGGUGGCGGCGGGGGCGGCGGCUAUCCACCGACAUCUGCCAUCCGCGGCGGCAAGGAAGAACUCGAAUGUAGGAAGCCGGCUCCUCUGUUGAGACGUCAGUCUGUGCCGACGUUGAUGAGACCGGCCAAUUUGAUGGGUGUGAGGCAUGGAAUGCUCCAGAAACCGCUGUGCAGAAGACCUUCGGUGGAUUCUUUCGGGUUUGGAGAGAGGGACCUGGAUGUGAAUGCCGCUAUCAAAGCUAACAAUGGCUCACCGACGGAGAUGCGUCGGAGGGUUAGGAUGCUGCACAGACAUUGAAUGCGUCGUAUUGCACAAAGAAAUGAAAAAAAAACUUUUUGGAUUACAUACAAGAGACAAUCAGAGACUAAAUUUGAAACUUUUUAUGUGUAGAAUGUUGGAAGUAAAACUUGAUAGUAGAACAUACGAGGUAUGUGAUAUCAAUAGAUUGUAUUUUUGAACGAACUCUGAAUGUUUGGAGAGGAUUUAGGUGUUUUAUGUACACAUAUUGGUGUUUUAUGUCAAUGACCUUAGAAGUCAUAGUUGCAAACAUUUAUAACCUUGGAGGGGUGACCGGAAUAAAUCGCCACAGUAAACAACUGCAACAGAAACAACCGCUUAGAAAAAGUGUAGUAGGCUAGAAAUAUUUGGCGCGGGAAAAACAUCAUGUGCCUCACAUUUCUAUUAUAAAUUUAUUCUCUUGUUCUCGUUUUUCGAAAUUUAUUCUGAGGACAAUGUAAUGGGGACGAAGUCCCCAUUUGGCGAGGAUAAGGAAUCGAGGCGGCCCAUGCCGCCAAGAUGACGCAAUCCGAGUCCACCGCCGACCCGCCGUCGGAAGCGGCGGUGUCUCGCACGCAAACCUGGGAUCCACUGAUUGCCCGGUUAGUUUGAAACAUAGGAUACGAUCCUUUAGCAAUGUCCGACCGAGCUCUAGCGAGCGUCGGACGGUAUACGUCUGCCCGGGGCGUUACGUUUGCCUGGGGCGAUACGUUUGCCCGGUUAAUUCUUGUUUUGAAAUACAAUACCGCGCCACAAUAUUUAUAGCCUACUACACAUUUUAUAAGCGGUGGUUUCUGUUGCAGUCGUUUUCUGUGGCGAUUUAUUCCGGGAACCCCUUGGAGGAUAUGGUUAUGGAUACGGGCUAGGUUGAGCCAUGAGCAUUCUUAUCACCCACUACAUUUUCAACAGUUGUUCAAAUUAAUAUUCAAUAAUUUCGUUUAACAUUUUAGUGAGAAAAAAAAAUGAAUUGUGAAUAAGAUCGUCGAAUGUUUGGGCUCGAAUAGCAACACCCAUGUGAUCGAUUUUCUCCAACAACAGAAAACUCAUUACAAUGUUUUUUUUCUCGACCACCAUCUUUAGCUUUGUUUAGUUGGUAGGUUGGAUUAUAGAGGUUUCAAUCCAUAACACAAUUAUUUACCUCCCCACAAUUCCCACUACAUAAGACUUCUUUUUGUCCUAGAAGGUUGUGAGCUAACCAUGUAUGCAAUUAGGAUUGCAUCCCUUUGCUCAUUCCCUCAACUUCUGUACAAAGCAGUUGCAUGCUUGCUAUUGUCUUUUUAGUGCGUUCAUAAAAAGGUGUUCGGUUACUGACAAUGAAACAUCUACCCCCUCCGUUGGCGAGUCGAUCCUAUUCCUUGUUCUCUUGAAUCAUGAUAUGCGCAUACUUACGACUUACAUAGUACUUAUUAAAUUUUGAUUCCAAUCAAUUGUUUUAUUUUUAAAGAGACUAUUUUACAUACAAAACAUCAUUACAUCAACGUCCAAUUUGUUGCUUGCCUUCCACAAAGAUACAUGGAAGAAAACUGAGGGGCUUAGAUUGAAAGGGGCGUAAGUGAUUUGAUCGAUUUCUCUACAUCGGCUCUCUCUUUUGGUCAUCACUUAGCUGCAUAUACAUUCCCAUCUGUAUUUUACAAUGUGGAAAAUAGGUCAGAACCUCAUCUGUCGGAUUCUAUAGCAAACUUAAUAACUAAAUAAAAAGUUGAUGAAGAGAAAUCGAUCAAGAUCACUUACACCCCUUGCAUUCUAAGCCCCUCAACUGAGUAACGGUUUUUGAUCCGAGGAAUCGCUUCUUGUGUUCAAUUAUUGAUUCUUUAUUUCGUCGGGAAGAUUGGUCUCCUUCAAGUAGGUAGAAACGAUUUGCGAAAUGAAGAAAUGUCUUCUCGCGUAAGAUCGGAUGCUCAAAGUGCUUAUACAGGAAGUCCAGAUGAGCACCUUUUACCGUUGCACCAACAAUAUGUGCAACUUGAAGUGGAAAGAGGUGCUCUUAGGCUGAAACGUGCAAAACAUUUUUUAGAAGAAGAUCGCACAGUGCAUUUACAAAUCCUGGAAUAUUUUCAACUGAACUCUAUAGUGACCAUGAAUGAAGACUGGAUGGAAACAUUGACUAACUUCAGUGUACCCUUCAAAGUGAUUGAAUGUAAAGGCAGCGAAUGGAAAGAUGGUGGUCAUAAAACUCGUCCAGUACCGAUGGGUCUAAAAUUGCUAAAUCUACAGGAGCUGGGAUUAUCUUACCAGGAGUCGACAUGUGAAUUCCAAUGGGACAGUGGCUUACAGUUUUUCAAGCAGAAAUACAAGCUAUAUUGCCACCCACAAAAAAAAAUUUUUUCGCCGCACUUGGAAUAUUAUUUCAAUAUUUUGCUCAAUCAAAGGCUUCUUAAGGUAUCUACACCCAAAGUUAAUUUUUAGCACAUUUUGUGGCAUCCCGAUUUAUUACAAUAAAUGAGCUCCCCAAUACAUGUAUAUCAUUUGUAUAAUAUACUAGCUGACCCGUCAAACUUCGUCUCGCCCAGAAUUUGUUUUUCGUUAUCAAUGCUUUCAAACAUCCACUUUUUCUUACUAAGCGCAAGUUCAUGAGUCCAAUCGCAGAACUGUUCAUUGAUUGAACUUCCAAUCGACUCCGUUGAAUUUACCUUUUACUAAAAAAUUCCUAGUACUUCUACCAAAACUCAUCAUUAUAAUAUCAGAUUAUUUUCAGACACAAUUCUCGUUCAAGAUUUUUCAACCACUUUCAAAUAACAUGUUUCUCCGUUACAUGGAAUAAAUGUUUGAUACAGAAAAUAUGAUAGAACAGAGACAUACCCCUCCCUUCUUCUCCCCUUAGAGAGGGGGGAGGAGUGUCCAUUCACCAUAGAAACGUUUCGUGCCCCCUAAAAUCUUCACAUGCCAAAUUUGGCUCCAUUUGCUUGAUGAGUUUUCGAGUUAUGCAGACAUUUGUGUUUCAUUUGUAUGGCAGACUCCCCACCCCCACCCUAAGAGAAGGGGGAGGAGUAUCUAACCACCAUAGAAACAUUUAUUGCACCCCAACACCUCCAUAUGCCUAAUAUGGUUCCAUUUGCCUGAAUAAUACUCGAAUAAUGGUAGAAAUUUGUGUUUUACUUGUAUGGUAGUCCCCCCUUAGAGAGGGGGGAGGAGUGUCUAACCACCAUAGAAACAUUUUUUGCACCCUUAAACAUCCAUAUGCCUAAUUUAGUUGCAUUUGCUUGAUCAAUUCUCGAGUGAUGUAGAAAUUUUUGUUAAUUUCUAUGGCAGUACCCCCCCCCCCCCCCCUUAGACCUCCAUAUGCCUAAUUUGGUUCCAUUUGCUUGAUUAAUUCUUGGAAAAUGGUAGAAAUUUGUGUUUCAUUUGUAUGGCAGUCCCCCCUUCUCGAGAAAUGCAGAAAUUUGUGUUUCAUUUGUAUGGCAGCACCCCCUAAGAGAGUGGAUGAAGUGUCUAACAACCAUAGAAACAUUUAUUGCACCCUAAAACCUUCAUAUGCGUAAUUUGGUUGCAUUUGCUUGAUUAAUUCUCGAGUAAUGCAGAAAUUUGUGUUUCAUUUGUAUAACAGCCUCCCUUAGAGAGAGGAGAGGGCUCCCAAACUAUCAUGAAAACCUUCCCCGGCCCCAAAAACCUCUAGAUACCAAUUUUCAUGUCCAUCGGUUUAGUAGUUUCCGGGUCCAUAAGAAUCGGACAGACAGACAGACAGACAGAAAUAGAUAUGCUAGAGCCAAUAUGAGCGAGCAAAACAGGAGACACAUUUAAAUGAAAGCAUAUGAAAGUUUUUCGUAUAGUUUGCCAAAUACACGGCCUAGACAGAGAAAUAUAUAUUCUCGUUCAUGUUCUUUUUUAUCCUCAUAGAAAACACUUUCCAACUUCAUGUUAUAAUGAGGUGUAAUAUUAUCACGCUUCUUUAUAACAGCACUAGCAGCUAUAUGGAUAGCGUGGUCGUGUAAAAUAGCUUUGCAUUCCAGCCGGCCUUGGUUCGAUCCCCAUUGACGUCGUAUGCACAAUGCACAUUUUCUUUUGCACAAUCCCAAAUGGAAUGAGAAAAGAAAACAGAACGAUAUGUCUGCUCGCAUACAUACAAACCCUUUUUAAGCUUUUGAAACAGCUCAUUAUUUGCGCAUUUGACCCUCCAGCACACGAAAUGGCAUCAUUUAUGCCAAAGAUGAAAUAUUUUCAGCCAACGCUAAUUUGGCUGUAGCAAUACUCCAAUGUUUUAAGGGCUGCUAAAAAUAUACGAUGUUAAUUUGGGUGUCGUUUUUAUGUUUUCAUUCGUUGAAAAUGGUACAAGUUGAUAUGUUUUUCACGUUCUAUAUCAGCGUUCUAUUUAGAAUCUAGGAAGAUCAUGCAGUUUUUCAACAAAAUAAAUGUUUUGAUGAGAAAUUAAAUUUUUCAUUUUUUUUUAUUUUUAAGUCUAUAUAAAAAAGACGGGUGGGUAAUGUCGGGGACAUAACCGGAGUGACGUAGGACUAUACAAAGGGGACAGCUUUUGUUAAAUAUAUAUUUUAAAUAUAUUGUUUUAUUUUCUUCUCCUAC